UUCAAGGACCAAACACCUCUUUUCUUUUUUUUUUGCCCGUGUUCUGUGUUUGUGAGCGUGUUUAUUUACUGUGAGCACAGGAGAGGAACAUAUCCUGCGGUUAUCCGUUUUGUCGUUAGACCAGGAAAAACGUCCCAGAAUGGCCCAUGAGAGGAGAUAAGAAGUAAAACUUCCGGCCACUCUUGGUUGAUCUUGCUGUCAAAUACACGCAGCCGUGUCGGACGUUGAGGCGCGAUCUCCUUGUCCCUGUCCCAGACCUGCUGAAGCAUGCUGCAAGAAUGCAGUCUGUAAGCAGAAGAGAUGCUGGAGUGUGGCAACAAACCAGGAGCCUGCUCUACAAAAACCUCCUUAUCAAAUGGAGAACCAAGCAACAAAGUCUGCAGGAGCUGAUCCUUCCCCUGCUUCUUUUGGGCCUUCUCAUCCUCAUCAGCAUGCUGAACCCCCAUAUCUCUUAUGGCAGCAUCAGUACUGCUGAGCUUGACGAUAAGGAUUACUUGCCCUUCAAAGGCCUGGGGUACACUCCCAUAACAAAUGUCACAAGUCUUAUUAUGGAGGAGGUGGCACAAGAGCUGCACAUGCAGGACCAAUUUGAGAUGUUCUCUAGUGAAGAAGAUCUGGAAAAUGCCAGCCUGUACGAGCCAUUUAGCUAUGUGGGCGUAGUGUUCCUUGAUAAAAUGUCCUACCAGCUACGGUUCCCCUAUAACCAGGUCCCCCUACCUAGUGACUACACUGAAUCAUUUGCAAACUGUUAUGCCAAUGAUCAUAACUGUCGUGCUGCAAAUUACUGGUACUCUGGAUUUAUACGUCUGCAGUCACUGAUCGACGCUGCUAUCAUCCAGAUGCAGACAAAGCGUUCAGCAUGGCGUGAGCUCAAUGUUCAUGUGGUAAUGAUGGGUCACCCAGGCUCAGUGGAGGUCCAAAAGUUUCCCCAUGCGCUCAUUUCCAUCUACCUAGUGCUAGCCUUCACCCCAUUUGUCUCCUUCCUCAUCGUCAAUGUAGCAGCUGAGAAGGAGCAUCGACUCAAAGACACUAUGAGCAUGAUGGGACUGUAUGACACAGCAUUCUGGCUCUCAUGGGGUCUUCUCUAUGCUGCCUUGGUGACCACUAUGUCUGUUCUUAUGGCUGUUAUUGCCACAUGGACGCCUCUCUUCUCGAACAGCAAUUUCAUCAUUAUCUUUCUCCUCAUUUUCCUAUAUGGAAUAUCCACUAUUUUCUUCUCUUUCAUGCUGACUCCUUUGUUUAAGAAGCCCAAAUUUGCCAGUACAAUGGGUUCCAUGCUGACCCUGGUGUUUGGUUCAUUGUCUCUAUUUACUGUGCUGAUGAAGGACUUUCCCCAGCUGGCUGUCUGGUUUCUCUGCUUGCUUUCCCCCAGUGCCUUCUCAAUUGGUAUUGCACAGGUGGUGUAUCUGGAGGCGCAAGAGGAUGGUGCAGUCUUCUCCACUUUGGCUAAUGGCCCUCAUCCACUCUAUGUUCCACUGCUUAUGCUUUGCUUAGACUGCAUCCUCUAUCUGCUGCUUGCCAUUUACCUAGAGCAGGUUCUGCCAGGUGAAUUUGGAAUGCGACGCUCUAUGAUCUACUUCCUGAAGCCUUCUUACUGGUCAAGGCGCAGAAAGCGCUAUGUGGAAGUGAGCUCUGUGUAUGAGGCAGAAGUGAAUGGGACCCCUACAGCUGAGGAAUCAGUAGAGCCUGUUUCUCCCGAGUUCAGAGGAAAAGAGGCGAUCAGGAUCUGUAAUAUCCGUAAAACCUAUAAAGGGAAAGACAACACAGUGGAAGCACUGAGAGGUUUGACCUUUGACAUCUAUGAAGGCCAAAUUACUGCCCUGUUGGGUCACAGCGGAGCAGGAAAAUCUACCCUCAUGAACAUUCUGUGUGGCAUUUGUCCUCCAACAGAAGGCUCUGCCACCAUAUAUGGCUCCCCAGUCGCUGAAAUAGCAGAUGGGGCUGAAAUGAAGCAGCUUGUGGGAAUCUGCCCUCAGUUCAACAUCAUCUUUGAUGUGCUAACUGUAGAGGAGCACCUGAAGAUUUUUGCAGCUAUUAAAGGCAUUCUGCCUUGUGACAUUGAUAAUGAGGUUAAAAAGGUUUUGAAGGCCCUAGACCUGGAGAAGAUCAUGGAUGCACAUGCCAAAAAUCUAAGUGGAGGUCAGAAGAGGAAGCUGUCUGUGGGCAUUGCAAUACUAGGGGACCCCAAGAUCCUGCUUCUGGAUGAACCUACAGCUGGUAUGGACCCAGUGUCACGUCACCAGGUGUGGUCACUUCUGAAAAGUCGCAGAGCAGGCAGAGUUACUGUCCUUAGCACACACUAUAUGGAUGAAGCGGACAUACUUGCAGAUCGUAAAGCAGUUAUCUCUCAAGGUCUGCUAAAAUGUGUGGGAUCCUCUCUCUACCUCAAAACCAAAUGUGGUGUUGGCUACCACCUCAGGAUGUCUGUGACUGAAACCUGUGAGGUAGACAGCCUCACAUCAUUGGUAAAGCAGCAUGUUUCGAAGGCUGAGUUGUCAAGGCAACAAGAAGCUGAGCUCACGUUCACAUUGCCUUUUGAAAGCAUGGAAACGUUUCCAGGGCUUUUUGCUGAGCUGGACAGUAGAUCGGACUUGGGCAUCAUUAACUAUGGUGUUUCUAUGACAACAUUAGAAGACGUUUUUCUUCGUUUGGAGGCAGAAGCAGAAGUGGACCAGGCAGACUACAGUGUGUUUAACAUGGAAAAUGCCGAGGAAGGAGGCGAUGUCUCCUGUGUGGAUAAUGUCGACCAGAGACUGCUGAGCCUUUCAGAGGACAGGCAUGAUGCAGUGACGGGCCAUACCCUCUGGAGGCAGCAGUUUAGCGCUAUAGCCUGGCUCCAUAUGCUUAACCUGCAGAGGGAAAAGAAACCCAUCUUAUACAGUUUGACACUGUUCCUGGUCUUCUUGACUGCAGUGCUGGUUUUGUCACUAGCUACUGGGAAUAUUCAGAUUCACUCCCCGGAGAGACAGUUUCAGCCUAUUUAUCUUCUUCGCAGCCAUGAAGCGCCUCACAAAUAUGCCACUAGUUUGCUUGUGCUCAACUCCUCUGACUCUGAUAUAUCCGGCUUUAUCCAUAACCUGGAAUCUCAGGACAUUAAGGUGGAAAUAAUGAAGAAAUCGGACUACAUGUCUGCUGCACCUCACAGUGCUGCCAUCAAUGUAACAGGGUCCAGUAAGGGUUUUAGUUACUGUGUAGCCUUUAACAGUACCACAGUGCACUCUUUGCCAAUGGCAGUGAAUAUUCUGAGCAAUGCCCUCCUCAGAGGUUACAAUGGCACUGGUCGCAUAAACACCUGGACCAAACCCUUCGAAUAUCAAAUGCCAGAUUCAACAUCCUCUGCUCUGGUAUACAUUGAGGCUGUGAUACUGGGUAUGCUGGCAGCUGGAAUGCCAGCCUAUUUUGCUAUGGACCAUACACGAGAUCGAGAGCUUAAGUGCCGGUCUACACUGAGGAUCUCAGGUUUGGUGCCAUCAGCAUACUGGUGUGGGCAGGCAGCUAUAGAUAUCCCCUUCUACUACCUCAUCCUCACCUGUAUGACCUGCACAUUGUUUACCUUUCACUCCACAGACCUGCUUUCCAACACCAAUGUCUUGGCUGUGAUCAUUUGUCUCAUUGGUUUCUGCCCAGCCACAAUCCUCUUCACAUAUUGUGCGUCAUUCAUGUUUGCUAAAGUCCAGAGCAACAGAGAUUUUUUCUCCGUCGUGUCCAUGAUGGUUUGUGUAGUGUCUGCCACCACAGUCCAGCUGUUCUUUGUAAAUGAUUAUCCUGGACUAACUCAUUUCCUACAUAAUGUGCUGUGUUUCCUCAACCCAUUGUAUCCUCUGAUGGGUUGCCUUAACUACAUUACCAAGGCUACAUAUUUACAAUCUUUUCAUGAGGAUUUCCUUUGGAAGAGUCUACUUAUUGCUGUUAUUGCUCCUUACCUCCAGUGCAUUUUUCUGCUUUUUUCGUUGCGAUGGCUAGAGAUCAGCUGUGGAGGUCAAACUAUGAAAAAUGACCAGCUGUGCAGGAUUUCAUGUAAAGCCAAGGGCAAAGUGCAGAGGAAUCCAGAGGAGAAUAUUAAUGAGGAUGGAGAUGUUAUGGUGGAAAAGGCUCGAGUGAGGGAGGCUCUUACCUGUCAGUGUUGUGAAGAGAAACCAGUGGUGGUGGUGAGUAACCUAAGGAAGGAGUACUUGGUGAGAAAAGAGGGCUUUUCCUUCAGUAAAAAGAGGAAAGUUGCUGCCAAGAACAUCUCCUUCUGUGUACGAAAAGGUGAGGUCCUGGGGCUUCUGGGACCUAAUGGAGCAGGGAAGAGCACGAUUAUGCACAUGGUGUCCGGAGACACGACUCCCACUGCAGGACAAAUUUUGAUAGGAGACUAUGGCACGGAGUUCAGACCAGUGGAUAACCCACUUGAUCAUGUAGGGUACUGUCCUCAGGCCAACCCCCUGUGGCCGAGGCUCACCCUACAGGAGCACCUCCAGAUUUAUUCUGCAAUUAAGGGUUUAUACCCCAAUGAUGUACCGAACAUCAUAAGACGAGUGGUUAAUGCACUGGAGUUGAAGGAGCACCUUCAUAAACAAGCUAAAACACUGUCUGCAGGCCUUAAGAGGAAGUUGUGUUUUGCACUAAGCAUGCUGGGCAACCCUCAGAUUGUGCUUUUAGAUGAACCAUCAUCUGGCAUGGACCCCAAGUCUAAGCAGCGUAUGUGGAGAGCGAUGCGUGUGGCCUUUAAAAACAAACAGCGUGGCGCUAUCUUGACAACGCACUACAUGGAGGAGGCAGAAGCUGUGUGUGACCGAGUGGCCAUCAUGGUUUCUGGCCAGUUACGGUGCAUUGGUUCCAUACAGCACCUGAAAGGGAAAUAUGGUCGAGGUUACAGUCUCGAGAUUAAGCUUCGAGAAGAGCUCACAGGCCUCCAGCAGGUGGCACUACUACACAAGGAGAUACUGAGGAUCUUUCCUCAUGCCGCACGUCAAGAAAGUUUUGCCACCUUGAUGGUUUAUAAGAUACCAAUGGAGGAUGUUAAAUCACUUGCCAAGUCCUUCUCUCAGUUAGAGAGUGCUAAGCAAAACUUCAACUUUGAAGAAUACAACUUUUCCCAGUCUACAUUGGAGCAGGUUUUCAUGGAAUUUGCGAAAGAGCAAGAGAAUGAGGAGGAGGAAGUGGGCUCUCUUAGCACCACCUUCCAGUGGCAGCGGCUCCCGCAGAACGGCAGAGCCAAUCAUUCGGAUAGUAUUGUUCACCAGUUGUGAGCAAGCACUUUGAGCCCUCUGUAUACCCCAUCAUCUUUUUCUGCCUGCUUGUCUCACUCCAGUUGGUGUCUUAGUUUGAGCUGUCACUGAUUUGAGGGUCUGCAGAUCCAUGGAGGUGGCACGGACAUUAAUUCAACCAGUAGGACUGCAUUAUGCACAUCUCAACUGACACUUGCUGAUUUAACAGUUGAUUCCUGAGCUUCUGCUUGGAUUUUUUAUUUUAUUUUAUAGAGAUUUCAUUUUUAAAUUUCCACCCCUUGAUUUAUUGUACUUACUGUUGCUACUUACUGACCUUUGUAUACAGGUUUAUACAAUGUUCACUUGUGUCUUGAGCAUAUCUACCAGCUGCUGGGUGAUGUCAUGCGUGUUGAAUCAAUCAAAAAGUAGGAAAACAAUGCAUUGGAGGUAUAUUAACACUUUGUCACAUCAUUACAAAAGGUGCUUUUGAUAUUUGUAGCAAGAGGUCUAUACUUUAGAUCUGUUGUGUAUAUACUCUUGUAUAUACUUUGGUUUUGGGGAUCUAAUGCAUGAGUUUGAAUCUUCACAAGCACAGUGGUUCUGUGGAGUAUGAAACUUUGUUCUAGCUUCUAUCUCAGCCUUGAAGGUGUUUUUCUGGCUUUUUGUCAGUAUAUGACAGCACUGCCAGGACAUACCAGCAUGUGCAGAUUUUUCUUUACAACCCCAUCAUGAGGCAUGAGGUGUGUCCUUUGUCCCUCCAGCACCAGAGGAGCUCUUGAACUUCUUUUCUAACACCAGCACGCGUUUAAGCUCUCAGCUUUUUAGCUGUCCAAAGACUGACGCCUGAUCAGAAGGCAUAGACCUGUACACAAUGGCGCAUAUAAGUACUGAAUGGCAAAUUUUCACAUAGCAACACUUAACUUUUUAGUUUUUUUUUUUCUUUCUGUGUGUGUGUGUGUGUGUGUGUGUGUGUGCAUGUGUGUUUUGUAUUUUGGCGGGGCCUUACUUACACCUUCCUAUCCUUGUGUAAAUGUAAAAAAAAAACAAAAAAAAAAAAUGUUGACUUUAGAAUGUAGUUUCCCAUGCACUCCACUUACAUGCAUGUAGCACUCCAGAUUUAUCAGAAUUGGAAACAUGGCCUAGAGGUGGUGGGGAAGACUUUGAAGUCAGAGGACUUUCUUCCUUUCCUGUUUUAAUUAUUUAACACUACCUUUCAGCAAGUCCUUGAGCACACAAUGGGACUAAGCUAUUAUGUGUGUUAUUGAAAAAUAUAUAGUCCACGACAGUUGUUUUAUUCUUUUGUAGCAAGAAUUAAGAGCUUUUUGUUGGAGAAUUUGCUUUUUAAUCGAUGGUGCAUAUUUUCACACAGUACUGCUGUAUUUUUCUGUUUAUUUUUUCCUUUUGGAGAAAUACUGAUAUUAGGUGAUAUGAGUAAUAUUAAUAUUGAUAAUUAAAGGUCUUCUUUGGUUCUUCCUUGUUUGGCAGAGGCAAAAAACUAAAUUAAAACAUAAGUACAAAUUGAAAACAAUCUACAACAAUUGACAAUUUUAAUUAUUCAUAAUUGUAAUUGUAAAAAGGAUAUUAAGAAAAUUAUUAUAGUAUGGUAUAAAGAGUUUGUAAUAAAGAAAUUAUGUCCAUGUUCAUAUUUUUCUUUUUGCAGUUCAGUGUUCAAUUUUAUGUACAUAAAUACACACACACACACUUUAACAUGAAAAAUAUAUUGCUAUUUUCUGAUGGUCACGUGAUGGCAUCAACAAUGAUGUAAUUACUGACUUCUUCAGAGGUAACAUAAUAUUACACAUUGCUGUCAUAAUUCAAUUUAAGUUUUAAAAAAAGAAAAUAGAUAACUCUUAAAUUGUGUAUGCAUAUAUGAAAUAAGUAUUGCUGUUAUAAGUAUCUCUGUUCACUUUUAUUUAUUUAUUUUUAUUCCCUCUACCCAUGGUGACUGGUGUUUUGGUGUCUUUAGGGAUUAACGACUUUUCUGUACAUAUUUCAGUAUUUUUUCUCUUCUACUGCAGAAUUUAAUAGUACUUUUCCCAAAUAUAAAACAAGGGAGAUAUCCUGCUUGAUGGCUCCUAGAAAAUGUUGAUUUAUUAAGGUGUCAGUUUUGGUAUGUCUACUAUAUUUUAUUUACAUUCAGUUUGGGGUUUUGAGGACUUUUGAAAUAUUUGCCGUAUUUAUACUUAAAUGAACUAUACUGUACUAUCUCAUUAUUGAGUGAUAACCUUUUAUUUGUAAUAUAAGAGACAAAUUCAGAUUUAUUAGAAGUGUCAAAUCGCACCAGGAGAAAUGCACUGACAUAAGCAGCAUGGCCAGUUGAUAUUAAAGCCAAGCUGAGCAUGUAAAAGUCAGGUUUUCUGCAAAACACCUGUAGUAUGGUGCAGAGUAUUUGAACAGUUCUGCUUGUGGCACUGCUACUUUUGUUCGGGUAUUGACAAAGUCGUAAGUUGCUAUUUUUACUGAAUGAGCUUUAUUUUUGCACAUAUGUAGCCUCUUCUAAUGGUAUGGCUGAACAUCUGGAUGAUGUUGCUUCUAUUUCCUUAGAAUUCGGGAUAUGUUUAAUAAAAUCUGUCAAAUAUACAAAAUUUUACCAAAGUGCAAUACAGAAAAACCCUUUUUUUUGUGUAUGUGCAGUCACUGCUUACUGUAAACAAUGUGUCAUGCCUAACUGCAAUAUCAGUGUCUAUUUUGUGAACUCAAAAGUGUCUUGCAGUAAAAUGUAGCUACCAGUAUGUAACCUUGUAGAAUGCAUUUGGUUUGUACUCUAGUUUAGUUUAGUGCCCAGAUAUUAAAAACUAGCUGAAACAAUUAUAAAUACAUCAUUUGAAUAUAGAUUAAAUUUAAACAAUUCUUUCACCAGCUGAAGCGAUUAUAUUUUAAUAAAAGACAUGAUGGUUUUGUUUCUCAUUUA